ACUGGUUAUUGCUUGUUAUUGCCGUUUGUAGAAAAAAUAUUAUAUGAUAUUUGUGCUAAAAGUAAUUUUAAGGCACUUAUGUGAAUUGCAUAAAUCGCUUCGCUCAUUCUGCAAACUUUCAUAUGCGAUAUGCGUGCCUUUAAAGAUGUACUUUUAACACUUAUAUCAUAAAUAACUAUUAAAUGGUUUGGAUGGGCCUCUAAUUAAUUAAAAACCAUUUAUCUACAUUUAGAAUUAAUUGUAAAACUUGUACAGUUGUAUAUUUCAGAUUAUGGCAGAUAUAACCAUAUAAAUCGCUCACAAACGAACGCCCCAAAGCAGGAAGUGCUGCCCCGAACAACAUAAAGAAACACCUAUCGAUCGCGGGUUGCUGAAAACCUAGCUCUAGUGGCGACCCUUUUGGCCUUGCCAGAGUUGCCAAUGCUGUCACUUCCAGUGCAUGGACCGAUAGUGACGUCACAACCUGAAGUACUCACAUCGCUCACAUCACAUCAGUCAUCAGUCACGUUUGACACUUGACAAAAUAUUUGUUUGUUUUCCUUUAUAUUUUCCAAUUUUUCAAUAGUCAACGAGGUUUAGUUUAUAGUUCACAGCUCACGCAAACAUGGCAGACCCGUUGAGUUUACUUCGCCAAUACAACGUAAACAAAAAAGAAAUUAUUGAACGGGAUGGACAAAUUAUAUUUGGGGAAUUUUCGUGGCCGAAAAAUGUCAAAACCAAUUACCUUAUGUAUGGGUCAGGUAAAGAUGGUACUGCUAAGGAAUACUACACUCUAGAAUGCUUGCUUUUUAUUCUUAAAAAUGUGUCGCUUACUCACCCUGUCUACGUAAGACAGGCUGCUGCUGAAAAUAUUCCUGUAGUACGUCGUCCAGACAGAAAAGAAUUAUUAGCCUAUUUAAAUGGAGAGACUGCUAGUUGUCCAGCAAUUGAUAAAAGUGCCCCUCUAGAACUACCCACACAGGUCAAAAAAUCUGCUGAAUAUGAUGGCCCAGAAAGUAUUGCGAAAAAACCUCGUUUUGAGGAUACUCAUGUACAAAAAGUCAGAGAAAAAUAUGCUGCUCGUCUUGAUGCACCCAAAGAAUCCUCCGUAACAGUAGACAAUAUUAAAUCACUUUCUGAGGCUAUGUCUGUUGAAAAGAUUGCUGCAAUUAAAGCUAAACGUUUGGCUAAGAAAAGAAAUACAAUUAAAGGUAUCGAUGAUAUCGGUCAAGAAUACGACAUCAGAGCUAUUCUAGACCUAGAUGUGGAUAUAACUAAAGAUAUAAUUAGCAGGGAAAGGCAAUGGCGCACACGAACCACCAUUUUACAAAGUACAGGAAAAAAUUUUGCUAAAAAUAUCCUCGCUAUGUUGCAUAGCAUUCAGGCUAGAGAAGAGGGUCGACAAAGGCCUCUGGCAAUAGUGCCUCCAAUAGUCACUCCAAGGCCAGCAGUUCAGCGUGCCAUUCCUGCUCAACAGGCAGUGUACAACCGAUAUGAUCAGGAGAGAUUCAAUCGGCAAAAAGAAGAAACUGAGGGUUUUAAAAUUGACACGAUGGGCACAUAUCACGGCAUGACGCUAAAAUCGGUCACAGAAGGACAGGCCAGAACUAAGCCACAACAGCCUCAACAACUGGCACAAGUGCAACAGCCAACUCCUCAAUCACCGUUACCAACUAGUCAAGCCAGGCCGUCGUCUGGUGGAGCACAGAAAAGAGUUUCUAGAACACCUAUUAUCAUUAUUCCUGCUGGUACCAACUGUCUGAUUUCAAUGUUGAACGUGAAGGAUAUUCUGCAGGAUAUGAAGUUCGUGACUCUGGAGCAAAAAAAAGCCCAGGGUUGCAAGCGCGAAAAUGAAGUGUUGAUUCAGCGUCAAAAAAAUAACCAAGCGGUAGCUUACCGUGUAGUAGACAAUCCAUCAAAACUGUCUCCUAGUGAUUGGGACCGCGUGGUCGCCGUGUUUGUGAUGGGACCCGCCUGGCAAUUCAAAGGGUAUCCGUGGGAAUCACCUGUAGAAAUUUUUGACAAAAUUGCCGCUUUCCACGUGAAAUACGAUGAAAUGAAGCUGGAUCCGAAUGUGGAAAAAUGGAACGUGACUGUGAUUCAACUGAGUCGGACCAAACGGCACUUGGACAGGGCCCAAUUGAUGGUUUUCUGGGAGAAAUUGGACAAGCAUAUUAUGCAACAUAAACCUCAUCUUAAAUUUUAGAAUUAAAAUUCUGAAAUUACCUAUUAAUUAUUGUUAUAAUGGAAAUGGUUCAUAGUGUUUAUACUUCAUACAAUAAUUUCAUUUCAUUUGUAUAUAAAACAGCAAAUUAAAUUU